UGGGGAGACGACUAUCAAGAGUCCAAUGGCAGAGUGGCGGAGCAGAAGCAGCUUCAAUUGAAGGCCAUACACAGGCCUAGGUUAAAAAGUCCCCCCAGCAGCAGUGUGGGGAGACGACUUUCACCAGUCCAAUGGCUGAGUGGCGAUCCGGGGGAAGUCAGCGUUGUGAUUGCAGAUGCAAUGCAGAAAUUCUACGAUGAGUAAUGCCGUGGGUGCGAAGAAGAUCAUAUACCGUCGUACUUCCAUCCAUAAGACGGAACAACCUGCGAACCGGGAGCUUUAUUGCCCUGACCCGCUGAGCAGCUUCUGGGAUACCCAAGAGGGAAUACCCAUGGCAGAGUGGCGGAGCGUAAGCAGCUUCAAUUAAAGGCCAUACAGAGGCCUAUGUUUAAAAAGUCCCCCCCCCCAGCAGCGUGGGGGAGACGACUAUCAAGAGUCCAAUGGCAGAGUGGCGGAGCGGAAGCAGCUUCAAUUGAAGCCAUACACAGGCCUAG